AUUUGGAAUUUGAAAAGGAACGAAUAUAAACAAGAAAGAAGACAGUACAGAAAGCGUCAGAAGUUGUGACGGUUGUUUGUCAGCACAGUCCAAAUGGGAGAAAAAGUCCUUCCACACAACUCCAAAAUGUGAAAACAUCAUCAGUUACCUUUUGCCCUUCUUGACCCUUUCUCUCUCUCUUCUAUAUAACACACUCACUUGUACGACAACCAGUUCACAUUAAACACAACAAAAAAUGGGAGAAGAAGAAGUGAGCAACAAACAGAUCAUUCUGAAGCACUAUAUCACUGGUUACCCUAAGGAAUCUGACAUGGAGAUCAAGAAUAGCAGCAUUAAACUGAAUGUUGGAGAAGGCAGGAAUGGUGUUGUUUUGAAGAAUCUUUACUUGUCAUGUGAUCCUUACAUGCGUUCUCGCAUGAAGAAAAUUGAGGGUAGUUAUGUUCAGUCCUUCACUCCUGGCUCUCCUAUCACGGGACUUGGAGUGGCUAAAGUUUUGGAGUCUGGUGAUUCAAACUUCCAGAAAGGUGACUUAGUUUGGGGAAUGACUGGAUGGGAGGAGUAUAGUAUUGUAACAGCUACUCAGACUUUGUUUAAAAUUCAUCACAAGGAUGUGCCUCUUUCCUACUAUACUGGAAUCCUUGGGGUUGUUUGGUUGCUGAUGCUCGUUUUAAUGCAACAAAGUACGGUGUUUGGUACAACUAAGUAGGGAAUGUUCCUGCAACAUUUGGACACCCUUUUUGGUCUCUGUUAUGUGAUUGGAAGAUGUUUAGUUUAAUGCUCACUGGUCAAAUGAUAGCAAAAGGCUUGGGAAAAGGCCUAAUUUACAGGUCUACUUCCUAAGCCUUCUCGUCUUU